CCAACUAUGGAGGGGGAGACGAUCAGAAUUGAUGCUUUUGGACUGCGUCUUCUUUCUUACUUUCUAGAGAUAAGCCAAUUCUGUGCGCGUUCCGCCGCCUCCCUCCCCAAAAAACAAAUACUCUCAUAAUACGCUGACCGCAGCACAUUUCUCAGACGCAAAAUUUUUGCGCCAGUAAUAGUUGGAACCUGUGAUGAAAUAUGGAUCGUUUGCAUCUUCAUUUGGCUCUUUUCAUCUUUCUAAUCUGUAACUGUUCUUUGAUCGAAUCCCAGCAGCCGUACAUCGGAAAGGCCACAAACAGAUGCGACAGCGCCGAUAAUUCCACAUCUGUUCUGGGCUAUAGUUGCAAUGGCGUGACCCAAAGUUGCCAAGCCUAUCUCACCUUCAGAUCUCUACCACCUUUCAACUCCGUUUCUUCCAUCUCAUCCCUCUUAGCAGCUGAUCCAUCCCACCUCUCCCAGCUCAACAAGGUUUCUCAAGACGCAACAUUCGAGACUAACAGGACCGUGCUUGUUCCCGUCAACUGCUCCUGUUCAGGUUCGCACUAUCAAUUCAACACAUCUUACGUUAUUCAGCACGGCAACACCUACUUCUCAAUUGCCAAUAGCACUUUCCAAGGCUUGUCCACCUGUCAAGCUCUACAAGCACAAAAUGCCAAUCUUAGUACUGGGAACUUGAUUGCGGGUACCAGGAUUAGAGUUCCGCUAAGAUGUGCUUGCCCGACUAAGAAUCAAGCCGACGACGGCGUCAAAUAUCUGUUGAGUUAUUUAGUCACUUGGGGUCAAUACGUUUCUGCGAUUAGCUCAAUGUUUGGGGUGGAUACUGGGAAAACUCUCCAAGCCAAUGGAUUGUCUGAACAAAAUUUUAAUAUUUAUCCCUUUACGACUCUCUUAGUUCCGCUUCAGAACUCGCCAUCCAGCUCCCAAACUGUGGAGCCGCCUCCGCCACCGUCGCAGCAGUCACCGCCAACUUUAAUUGCCCCUCCUCCAAACAGUAGCUCAAGAAAAACCUGGGUAUAUGCUCUCGUUGGAACUCUUGGCGGGUUAGGUCUAAUAGCCGUAUUUGGGCUGCUUAUAUUCUGGUUUCGUUUUGCUAAAAGAAAGAAGAAAGAAAAGGAUUCAUUUAUUGCAUCAGAAAGCUUUGAAUCAAUCGAGAAACCACUCGAGAAGAGGAAGAAGUUGGAGGAAGAAGACAUGUCUCAGAAUUUCUGGGAUAGUUUACCUAGUUUUGCUCAUUCUCUUCAACUAUACACCUAUGAAGAAAUUAAAUUGGCAACACAGAAUUUUAGUCCUAGUAGUUUGAUUGGUGGAUCGGUUUACCGUGGUACGAUCAAAGGGGAUUAUGCUGCCGUUAAGAAAAUGAGCGGAGAUGUGUCUGAGGAAAUUAAUCUACUGAACAAGAUCAGCCAUUUGAAUCUUAUCCGGCUUUCCGGGGUUUGUUUCAGCGAUGGGUAUUGGUAUCUUGUUUACGAGUAUGCUGCCAAUGGAGCAUUGAGUGAUUGGCUCUAUGAAAACCAGGGCAAACAAAAGAAAAAGUGUUUGGAUUGGAAGCAGAGAUUACAGAUUUGCUUGGAUGUGGCCACGGGGCUUAAUUAUCUUCAUAGCUACACUUCCCCUCCCCACGUGCACAAAAAUCUAAAAAGCAGCAAUGUUCUUCUUGAUGCUGAUUUCAGGGCGAAGAUCAGUAAUUUUGGGCUAGCAAGAUCAGCAGAUGGGCAAGGAGGCCAGUUUGCCUUGACCAGGCACAUUAUUGGGACGAAAGGUUACAUGGCUCCUGAGUAUUUGGAGAAUGGUCUGGUAUCCACAAUGCUUGAUGUUUAUUCAUUUGGGGUUCUCCUGCUGGAGAUUUUCACUGGCAAAGAAGUCGCUGUCUUGUAUGAAGCUGUGAAUGUGAACUUGGCAGAGAUUCUGAGCCCUGUGCUUGACGAGAAAGACGGGAUCGAGAACUUGAGCCAGAUCAUGGAUUCUUCUCUCGGAGGAAAUUAUCCUUCCGAACUUGCAAUUUUGCUCAUCAGAUUGAUUGCUAGUUGCUUAAAGAAAGAUCCAUCUGCCCGCCCAACCAUGCAUGAGAUUGUCCAGACUCUGUCCACAUCCGUCACUGCCACAACAUCUUGGCAUUCCAAACAAAGUGCCUAAAGCAUAUGCCUUCGGAUACAUGAGUUGUUUUGGAGUUUUGUAGCUUCAGCUUUUUGUCUAUUAUUCCUGAUCUGUACAUAUUGAUUCAAGAAAUAUUUGUAGAGCCAUAGAUCAUUCCCACUUGAUGGAUUCAAGAUUAUUGUUUCAGUCACUGCUGAGUGCUGAUCCUCUUUUUACUCCAUAAUGUGAAACGUUUUAA